AUGAGCCAAAUACCAACGGAGUUUCUGCCUCACGACUCGUACGUCGGCGAGAUCUACCGAGUCAAUAUCUCCUUCAUCUGCGUCAACUCGGUCAUCAUCUUUGUGCGGUUGAUCGUUCGCGGGUUCAUGGUCAAGCAUGUCGCCGUGGACGACUACCUCAUGGUGGCCGCGGGUCUCUGCGCGGAUGUCUUUUCGGCACUGGCCAUAGUGGGCAUUCGAUAUGGUCUGGGGAAGCAUCUCUACGACCUUCCGCAGAACUCGCAGCUCGUGGACAACACCAAGAACGUCAUCCAGGCGAGUGCACAGACCUUGUGGAUAUGCCAGAUCAUGUAUGCGACGGCCUUGAUGCUGGUCAAGAUCUCCAUCGUCACCUCGUACCUGAGAGUGUUCCCGACCACGCUCUUUCGCAGGGUCAUGUACGCUCUCAGUGCUUCCAUCGUCGCCGUCUGGAUCUGCAGUAUCCUCGUCACAAUCUUCCAGUGCAAGCCGGUCCGAUCAGCCUGGGACUUCACCCUUGCACGCGACUGCCUGAACAUCGUCUCAUUCUUCUACUUCACCACGGCCUUCUCGAUCUUCACGGACUUCUUGCUCUGUAUUCUGCCGUUGCCGGUCUUCUUCCGGCUCAAUUUACCUUCGCGGCAGAAGUACAUUGUCUCCCUCCUGUUUGCAAUUGGUCUUUUCGCCACGGUCGCCUCAGCCCUACGCAUCAGUGUUCUCAAGAGUGUCAACAGUCUCGACGUGACCAUGGGGUCGGUCUCGACGAUGAAGUGGUCAGUCGUCGAGGUUGGAACAGGUAUCAUCUGUGCCUGCAUCCCGACUCUCAAGCCCCUCUUCAAGAACUUCCUGCCGGACAAGAGCUCCGCGAACAGGUCACGCGAAAGAUCCGGUCCUGGCCGCCUGGAAGCAACCGGCCUGAAUACACCGAGGCUGAACACGGCUCACGAGGAGAGGCAUGAACUGACCAAGCCCACCGAGGGCUGGACGAAUUUCAGUCGCAACACACUGACUUUCAAGCAAGGCCCAAUGGCGACAACGAAGAACUUUAUAUGA